UGUGUACCGCAUGCGUUGUCGCGUACUGCCGCCGGCCCCGGUAGAGCUUUAUCAUCUGAUAAGUUGAUAACCAAUUUCUGAAGUAUAUAAUCCUUCACAACUUGUUCUACAAUCGUUUCUAAAAUUCCUAUGGUAUGAUAGUGGAAUUUUCAUGCUUUUAGCUUCCAUUUUAUUUUAGAAAGCCUGCAGCUUCGAAACGGAGAUCCUGAUCUUAACUUCGUCAAUGGAAUGUUUUGUGGGUACAAGUGUUAGUGUACAAGUUCACAACUACUAGUCUAGAGUCUACUACCAUUACAGUCGUACCCGUACUGGCCGUGCAGCUGUAAUACAAGGUCAAAGAGUCAGUAAAUGACAUCAUGACAUACAAGUCAGUCAUCAUGUACAAUUGUGUAAGCAACAUGAUGCAUCAGUGGGAGGAGUUACACAUGGAGCAUGUGAGGAUGACUGAGAUCUAUUCCAAAGACCCCAAGUGCCACCCGCUCUAUCAUGAAGAGUGGCUCAAAUUUGUGAGCAAUCGAUCAACAUCCAUCACAAGUCUUGGUGCCAGUUUCAUGCAGUAUGACUACACUGCUGCAUUCAUGGAUCACUGGCAACAAAGACUGCCAGUGCUCAUGGCUGCUGAACUGGAACAAAAAGUGCUUAGCUACAAAUCAAGAAUGACACAAAAAUAUGGAGAUGACGCUUCUAAACUGCAAACGUUUUUUGAUCCCUUCUGUCAUUGGUCUUUGAACAGCAUUACUUCUGAAAAUAGCAAAUCAAAUGAAAUGGAACUCCACAAGCCCUCUGAAGAAUACUCUUGCAGAAAAUUCAUUGAAAAUUUGUUGAGUGGAAAACAUAAAUGGGGAUUGGCAUCGAGAAUUCCUUUAGAAAAUUUGGAUAUCUUUGAUUCUGUAGGCUGUACAGAAGAACAAAAAACAUUAUCUCUGAAUGAUGAAAAAAAUGCAUCUCCGAUACUGAAUAGUUCGAAACCUCCUAAUGGAACAAUUUCAAAAGUUACUAACAGUAUUGGAGUGAGUUUGGCUGUUGAAAAUGUGGGUAAGAUGAGUGAAGUUAUUGAUCUGUGUAAGGUGGAUCAGAGCUCUUCAUCCUCUGACACAACUAAAGAGGAAGUCAAGCUGAUGAGCUGUAAGGAAAUAAAUAAUAUGAAGCUUUCAAAUACUGUUCUGAGCCACGAGUUUAAAAAUGAGUAUCUGAAGCUGGCAGAGAAAAUUUUAUUAAUGCAUAAACAUCAAAAGAAAAGUCAUUCUCCCUCUUCUCAUCAAAAUGAAAGCUAUUCUCGUGCUGAUCGAUGUAAUUCUCCCCAUCCUAGUCAGAACCAAAGCCCUUCUCCGCAUCCUGUUCAGAAUCAGAGUCGUUCUCCCCAUCAAUCUCGAAACCGCAGCCGUUCUUCCCAUCAAUCUCGAAACCGUAGCCGGUCUCCCCAUCAAGCCCAAAACCGCAGCCGUUCUUCCCAUCGAUCUCGAAACCGUAGCCGUUCUCCCCGUCGAUUUCGAAACUGCAACCGGUCUCCCCGUCGUUCUCGUCACCGUAGCCGUUCUCCCCGUCGAUCUCGUCACCGUAGCCGUUCUCCCCGUCGAUCUCGUCACCGUAGCCGUUCUCCCCAUCGAUCUCGGCACCGUAGCCGUUCUCCCCAUCGAUCUUGUAACCGUAGCCGUUCUUCCCGUCGAUCUCCCCAUCGAUCUCGUAACAGAAGCCGUUCUCCACAGUUUCGUCGAAACAAAAGUUGUUUUCCAUCAAAAUCUCCAUCUCCCAAUCGAAAUCAAAAACAAGAUCAAUGCCUAAAGCGUGACCAAAGCCGAAACCACAGUUGCUCCUCUGACCAACACCAGAGCCUUACACCCGUACACUGUCAAACUAAAUAUAAGAUUGGGAACACGUUCAUUUCUCGUGAUCAAUCCGAACUCUCAAAUCUAGUUGAAUCCAAUGAAACUCUUAGCCAUGAUAAAACGAGGCGCAAGAGUUGCAGAUCACCCAAAUGCACGUCCAAGAAACGUCACAGUUCUAAGAAGUCUCGUCGGUCCAGAUCAACAAGCAUGUCAUCAGCUGAUCAAUUUGGCUCCGAAAGCAAUAAUUACAAAAUAGAACGCUCAAAACUUGAAAUGGUCGAGGAACCGUCGCUUACUGUUGCUCCUCAACUUAAACUUACGAUGAAUGAGGGAAUCAAUGAAAUGAACCACAAAGCCACAAUCAGUGCAAUGAAAUCAGUUGAUCAACAUGUAACUAAUGAUCUUGGAUCAAAUUUUUUUGCAGAAGCUGCUCAGACUUCGACACCAACGGUGCUUCAUUCUUCAGAAUACCGUCCUGAUUCGAUUUGUCACAGCAGAGCCGGUGUCAUUGAGACUUCCAUACUGCAAGGGUUAAAUUGUCCGUCGAGAGUUGAGUCAACUGAAGGGGACUCAAGUCUUCCCAGUCAUCCUAAUACGGCAUUGAAAAGCUCAACUUCAGUGCAUGACUACAAGCCCAUUAGCUGGGUGUAUCCCAUUCAAAGGAAUUGUUCAGAUCCGCGUGAGGAAAGUAUUGAGGUAGAGUCCUGCAUGGAAAUUAGUACCUCGUCUCUGACAUCGUUGAAUAUCGAUCCUUCUGUGGUCCAUAGCGAGCCUUCCAAUGAAAUAGUUGAUGUAUGCCCUGCGAAAUGCCUGGCAUCGAAUGAAAUUGAGUUGAAUGCGUCUACUCUUACAAAUUAUUUGAAUGGCGAUGAGACUGAGCAGACUUCAUUAUUUUGCCUCGAGAAAAAAGAAAACGAUUUUUAUGAAAAUUUGAACCAAAAUCCUAGCUCCAAAAUGCGUACAAUUGUCUCGGCGAAGGAAUCCAGGGGCCACAAGGAAAACCCUUGUGAUGAGAUUUUAAUGUUGUCAUGGCUAGACACUUUGGCAACAGACAGCGAGCUGUACGAUAUGCUGAAUGAAAAAAAUCUCUCUGCGCCGGGUGUACUUGAUACGAAUUCCUCCAGUGUUGGUGAACCUGCUUCAAAUGACGAAUCAGCUGGACUGCAUCGCAAGGUUAUACUGCAAACUCCGAGCAGCCAGUGCGUGCUUCAACAGCAUUCUUUAGUUGAAGUUGCCAUCCAACCAAAUAAGAAGUCAACAACUUCGAACACUUCAUCAAUGCUUGGUUCUUCUGAAACGCCUCUCGUUCACAGCAGAGAGGUGCGCGACCGUUCAAUUGCAGAUUCGGAAAAGAGGCAUUCAAAAAUUGAUGCUUCUGAUGAAUGUGCUGACUUUCUCUCAGAAAUUAGUUACAACAAUCGAAAUGCAAGGCAAUCUGAACCGGGCGAGAUAAAUUCCAAGUCAGAAGAAACUGCUGAAUCAUCGACGUCUGAAGAUUCGUCUCGAGCAGACUCUAUUUAUGUGAGGAAUGUGGUUUCCGACUUCGUCGAGCAGGCUGAAACUGUUUCUAAAUAUAAUUUAGGGGGUAUUUUAAAGCCUCUAGAGGAUUGGAUUUCGGGCGCAAAACGCCUAUUAGCUGAAAACGGUUCUCUGAGUGCGCUGAAAUCCCUCUUCGAUUUAGAGUCCAUCAGCCUUCUACGUUCGGUGGAGUCUUCAUUAUGGGAGAAACUCUGUGGCGCAACUGGCCGGACUUCUGAAAAACAACUGGUUUUUGAAUGCUUCCAACACUCACUGUCUAAAUUUGUCUUUGCCUAUAAAAAGUUGAAGUCCAAUAACAAUGUCCAGCAGAAACGUCUUCGUGAAGAUAAAGAGAACGAACACGGAUCACGCUCAGCUUCACAGAACUGCACGGAAGCAAUUAAUCCAGAUCCGUUUGUUAAGAGAGUUGAAGAAGUGGUCACAAUUAAACAAGAGUAUCAGGAUGACGACUGCCAGUUCAUCGCGGCCAUACGCAAACCCAGAACUUUCGACAACAGAACAUUCGUGCAGAGAGUAAUUCGACGUCAUGCAUCAGUUCACCACAACGUUUGUCCUGAGGACAGGCACAUAGAUCAAAAUGUCCUGGAAAUUUUGCAUGCAAUAGACUUUGCUAAACUGCUGCCCGGUGUCAUGAAGAAUGCGUGCAGCGAUGAGAAAUACGAGCAGAUCGUUCACGACUCCUUCGUAUACACCGGCCUGAUGGUGCCUCCUACAGACAUCCUCAAGUCAGUCACGGCCGAACUUCGUGCUUUUAAAGGAACUUGAAACGCGUUUUUCAUAAGCUUCAUGCUUAUGAAAAACAUUUCUCUUACGGCUAAUUUCCGUAAGCAUUUAGUUUUGUUUUUUUACAAGAAGUAUUCUAAGACUGAGUGUGGUAAAUAUUAUUAUUUCUCGCUCCAGGAUAUUUUCCGACAAUCCCAAAUGAUGUUUUUUUCUGUCAUCCUAGCUUUAGUAGUUCUCAUAAAUUUCGGAAAUUGAGUUGCACAAAAGCCAUUCCGGGUAGCAAUUGCUAAGCCAAUGCAAUUUCUGAACAGCCUAUGUUCGCUUAGCAGCGAAGAUUACACAGUAAAUGUAAGUCAUUUUCGUCUCUCUCAUAGUUCCUAUUUCUAUGCUUGCCAUAUUCUCUUGUUUACUGUCACGUAGCUAUGUUAAAAUCUUGUGUGUAAUAGAAACGUUAUGUUACUAUUAUACUGAGGCCAGUAUUGUGCUUUAUGGCUGUGUAUAAAUGAAUUACUUAUUUUAAGUAUAGUUUCUUAAUAGUUUAGGCAUCGGAUCAUCACCCGAUACUGGUAGUUAUUGCCCGGUGAUAUGUAUGAACAAGUACCGCUUCAUCAUGAUGUUCUUACCCCAACUUCUAACUAAAUUAAUCGACGAGGGUGAAUAAUCUAAAGUGCUUCCUAGUAAAAUUACUUUUUAUGGAAACAAUGUUUAAUAAAUAGGAUCUGAAUGAGAACUUUAAAAGUAUGCUUCUUAAUACUAUAUUCUUUUGUCAAAUGCAUAUUUGUUUAACGUAAACUGCAAAGAUGACCUGUGAAAAUUCUUGUGGUUACAGCUGAAUGUUCCGGACACUUAGGGCAUAUAAUCGCCUAGUGAAAUAAUCAGUUUUGAAGAAAUUCAAGGAAUGGUGCCUGUUUAAAAAGCUAGCGUUUUGCCGUUUUAUAUAAUGGCGAUGUUUUCUUAGAUCCUCAUUGUUUUUCGUGAACCGUCCCUGCAGUUGGCGUCGAUUAAUUAGGUUCACGUCUCAUUUUCUUGCAUUCAUGCCACUGUUAACCGUUUUUGCAUCUGAUGUCAGCAGAUUAUUUAAUUUUAUAUUGCCAUUAUCGUAUAAUGUGUAUUGAUAUUGAAAUGUGCGAUAGUUAGGCGAGACAUUCCUUUUUAGAAUGGUCGAAAAGUAAUCAAGAAUAGACAAGUAUUUUGAUUCUGUCUACUAUUACUUGAGCACAAAACGAAUCGAUCUCCACAUAAUUUUCUUUCCGUUAAUGCCAUUUUCGCGUAUUUUUUCGACUAAUUUCUGUAGAAGCCAGCAGCAAAAUGUUGCUGUGAAGUAAAUUAACUAAAAUGAGACUUGCCGUGAAGUGAAGCUUGCAGAAUUCUGACCAUUUCACUGCAGCUCCAACAACAGAAGUCAUCGGAAGACGUUACUCGAUGUCAUAUUCAGAGAAGGUCUGCAAUGAUUUGCAACCCAUAAUUAUUAUAACAUCCGCUCUGUAAAACAGUCACUUGGAAAUGUUUAUACCUACUUCAUAUUUGUUCUACUACAUAUGUAGUUUUUGUUCAAGCAUGCGACGAGGUGAUUUCUUAAAACAAUGUUCUCUAAUGACGAGCUUCCAGCUAGACUAGUAUUUAGUAACAAACGAAGUACAUAUUUUUCACUUAUCACAACUUUUGCUGUACUGUUUUUCAUUGCCUGCUACGUAAUAAGUAUUUUUGAUGUUACCGGUAUGUGUCCUAGAGAAGCUAGUCCUGAGGAUUUGGCUUUGGCUUACUUUAAUAUUUGCCAAUACUUAAUACCAUGUGCCUUACUUGUGCUCAAUCUAGCCUGUUGGUGAUUCUUGUAUUUAGUGUUAAUUGUCAAUUAGAUACACGUUUUGUUAACUUCAUUAAAAUAACUUUGAUUAAAAACUGUGCCUUUUUUGUAGUACUUAUGUUUGUGCGGAUUUCUCUGCUUUAUAUUUUAUUACUUUCUGA